GUCGGGCUCCUCUGGGACGAACCGAAUCAACAUCUAUCCGAGACAUCGAGAAGACCAUUUGUCUCGUCACAGUAUUUGCGUGGAGCGCAAACCAAUACAAUGACAGGAUCGGAAGAACAACCCAACGAAGAUGCACGCCUGUUUCAGACGGCAGUGCGGGAGAGCCUAACACCGUAUCUGCCACCUCCCGUCGUCAAGGCGGURAGAGCGAUCGACCCUAUCCUGGAACCGCUGGUGGGACCGGAGGCCUCCGUGACGGUGUUCGGGAGUCUCUUGGUGGCCUGGAUUUUCUACCAGCUGCUGCGGAUCGCCAUGGAUUUUUCGUCGGGGUCCUCGGCCUCCCUCGGUAGGAAAAACAGUGCCAUCCAGGAAGACGAUCGCGACAAGGACAUUCUUCCCUCCGGUGCGGAGACGAGCCGUCCCUUCGAUGGAACAGUCCUGCUGUGCGGCCCGUCGCUGGGAGGAAAGACGUGCCUGUUUUACGAGCUGACGCAACCAAGAGGCAGCAAUAGCAGCAAUAGUUGGACCAUCGCAACCGUUCGGAGCAUCAAGAGCAACACCGGAUUCCUGGAACCCAACGGUUCCGUCCUGCGGCUGCUGGACACCCCCGGCCACUGGGGACCCCAAAAACUCGUGGAGGUGGUUCCACUGCGGGAAGUACAGCGGCUCGUGGUYGUCGUGGAUUCGACACAGCCCGUCGCCCCCGCGGCGGACUACCUUUACGCGAUACUGACAUCGACGAUACAACGAGGCAGUGGCAGCAGCCAUGCCAACGGCAACAACGACCCCGCUGUGYUGAUUGCCUGCCACAAGGGCGAUCACACAAAAGCCAAGAACCCGAGACGGAUCAAGCUCCAGCUCCGGAACGAAUUGAUCCGAUUGAGCAAGUUGGACGAGGCGGGUGGUGGCGAUGACACCGACGGUGGCCGGGACUGGGAAGGCAUUUUGAACAAUAUUCCGCUUUGUUCCUCUUCGGUCUCCGACUCGAAUGCGGUGAGGGAGUUUUGCGAGACCGGAAGGGCCCCAUUGGCGUCAAAAAAGCGAUGAGCGAGAGAGAGGGACUUCUAAACACUACUAGUAAACAAAACCAAAUUUUGACACCGCUCGUGGUGUAGAAAUGCGUGCUGUGGUCACACCAUUUAUCGGAACCCCUGGGGAGCAAAUUUAUCUAUACAGCUAUCCCACGGUAUGUUUCUAAUGAUAAGAGACAGCCUGCUGUAGUGAUAAUUGACGCAGCAGCUCUGUCCCGCGAGAGCAAACCAAUAGUGUGACGCAAAUACGCAGACCUCUCUUCUAAAUGAAAGCAAUUUUUUAUUACGAACUAGAAUAUUCUACGGAAGCAGUGUACACUUACUGUAGCCAUGGACAAACAAAAAACGAACGGACCGUGGAACGACAAGGGAUUGAAAUGAAUGUGCGUCCAGGUUCAUUCAAACUGCGGCAAAAGAGAAAGCCAACCAUGCAGCCAUCGCAUAUGUGGUCUUGCCGUUGAUAGUAGUUCCAGAGGAUGGUUCGGGCUCUUCGGUCUGUGUUGCAGUGGUUUCUUCGGGAGUAGAGGCAGGGGUGGUUCCGCCAGUAUCAUCGCCUGAAUUGUCGACGGCACCGCCAACAUCGUAAUCGGGAUCGAGCCCGAUGCAUGGAUCGUGGAUGACGCGAUAGAAAUCGUCACAGUCACGAGUAAUGCGUUCGGUAAUUCCUGCAUUUUGCAUUUCCAAACCUGCAAAAUCGUCAAAAUCAUCUCUGAACUCAUCCUGGCACUCCAUACAGGCACUUGGUGCGCAUUCAGGUGCUGGCCCAUUCAACUAAGAAAAAGAACCAGGAGGGCAGCGAGGCGUGAUAUAGUAUGAUACAAUCGAACAUGCACAGCAUUUUGAGUUAGAUAAUGUAAAAUCACUGUAGCGUCGAAGAUAUGAAGGUGUCACAAAGACAAGGAUGGUGCAAACAUAUCAUUGUACAAAAGUCGGAACGAUGUUUCGUGUCGAUCGUGUUCGUACCUCUGUGAUACCUCCCUUUCCAGGAAUGCAUUCAGCGGCACAUUUACUCCCAUUAGUAGCCGCAAAAUGAGCCCAUAGAGUUGCACACGGGGUAGUGAAACCCAACGCUGCAUAGCAAGUGACCAAUGCGGGGAAAUCUCUCGAAAAGGUGAACGAGAAGGCGCAUUUGAUUGAUUCCGCUUCGAGAGUGCCAUACGUCUUCAUUCGUGUUGAAAAAUCCUGCGCGGAACUGCAAACACCACAAGCUAUAUUCAAAUCAAUAAGUUGGGCGGUUAGGGUUAGAAAGAAUAAACCACGAGAUCAGGGCGCUAAUGGUUGUUUUGUUUGAUUCUGAAGUGAAUCAUUAUCCAAGCAUUAAACCAGCAACUUACAUCCCUUGUGCACAAUAUGAGCGUUGGAUGCCAUAGCAUCGUUCGAGCUGGCAAAGUUUUGAAUCGAGUAUUUCCUUCCCUCGCAAGUCGUAGAAGAGGCGUCGUAGACGUAUCCACAUACCACGUCGUCGUCCUCGUCCGAAGCGAUACACUGGUCUAGGUUUGAUUCCUCGUAUCUAUCGAUCGCGCCAACGCUAUCCUUGAACGGGAAGCAAUCACCACCGGUAGCGCUUUGGAGUUUGAGAAAGUUGGGACUAUUGGUGAGUUCAAAAGUGCCGAAGAGCAAGUCGGUAUCCGAGAAGCUAUCGGAAAUCCCGACGGUAUCGGAAGGGCACGUAGUGCCGUCAUCUGUGAUGCACCAGCAAUCACCGCACCGGGCAGUUCCCAGGAAGUCGGCCGCCGUUGCCAGGGAAGCAGUCGAGGCAACAACAACAAGAAGUAAAACACGAGUCAUGGUCGGCAACAAGAAUGGUGAUACCGUAUCGUAGGUUCUAAGAACAAAUGAAUUGAAUCUCAAAGU